UAUGGGGAGAAAUUACCACAUCAUAAUGGUUAUACAGUAGUGGGCUUCAAAGGACAAGAAUAUGAGCCUUUGAACGUCCCGUUGAUCCUGCCCAAGUGAGACUUUGUUAUGUGGGAGAGGAGGAGCAGUUUGUCAAGCAAGGUAGAUGUUUUCAGCCACGUCCCAGUAGUCCCCACUCCGUAAUGGCAGGUAAUUAGUUACAUGGUGUGGAGUAAGUAUUACUCCUAUAGUGUCAGUUAGCGGCACCUCAUCAGCUGACUGAGGGAAACACUGCUGCUAGGAAAAAGGCUAUCUGUUAAUAUAGGACUGAACAACAAUAAUUAGUUAAUAGCUGUAGUAUAUAUGAAAACAUAGAAAACCAUAAACAGAAUAGUGUCAGUCCCAAGUUAAGCAGAAGAUGAUAUGGAUGCUCUCCAUGUACCAGAUACUUAUGUAACCUCAAAUAGUGUUUCAACUUCUUGUGGUAACCAAAAGAUUUGAACCAUUUCAACUCAAGAGCUCCUGUCUCCUCCUAAUGUGCACUGGCUUAUAGCAGCCAUAUCAGGGGAAUCCCAUUAGUGAUUUUAAUUAUAUGCGCCUUUCUUUUCCCAGAUAUGCUUUUGAAAUGAGGAAUAACAUUAUUUAGCUAAACUGCCCCACUACCACUAGAGCCUAUAUUGUACUUUAAAACAAACUUACAUACCGUAAGUUCACAAAUUGUUUAAUUUCAGUCAUAGUUAAAUAAACAGUUAUUUAAAUACUUUUAAGGUUUUUGUAUCAGGGUAACCGGAUGUUACGUAUAUAAGUGAACCCCCUCUCCAUUCUACGGAAGUACACUGCUUGACACCACUUUCUGGCUUCUCGCAACAACAUCCGGAAUCGCCGAAUGGAGUACUUAGUACAGAGGAUUUAUAUGAAGUUAUUUACAAAAACAGCCCACUCAUGUAAGGGAAGUUUCUUUUACUGAUUGUGAUGACGUGUUGAACGGAGUUAAAGGAAACUGUCCACAUCUAGUUCUCUGCAGUUGCUAGCUACGUUAGCUGUGCAGUGGUCUGCUAGCUUGCUACGCUAGUCUGCUAACUAGGUAGCAUCACAUUUACCAUGAUGUCGCGGGGUCCUCGGGGUCCUCCUUUUGGUCCCCGAUACCCAAUGCAUCCAGGAGGGCCCCUGCCGCCAGAGGGCCCUUGGAUGGAGGAACCUUACCAUAGUGGUCCCAAUCCACACUUCAUGCGCGGGCAUCCACCAGGACCAUGGAUGGGGCCUAUGGGACGAAUGCACCCUUCAUAUGGACCAGAGCCAUGGCCAAUGCACCCGGCGGAUAUGGAUCCGAUGGGUUAUGGACCUAUGGAUGACCUUGGGUACGGUCCAGGUCAUGGUUUGCCGCACCCUUACGGCAUGGAGGGCCCACCGUUACCUGGUGGACAUUACCCCCCUCCGGAGUAUGACCACGGUCCGCCAAUGCCUCCUGAUUAUCCUCCUAUGGAUGGAUAUGGACCUCCUCCAGAUCCACAUUACAGGCAGCCAAUGCCACCAGUGCCGCCUAUGGAUGAGGCAGGGUACGGCCCACUUCCUGGGUUACCAGAGCCUUACCCACCCAUGCCUGGUAGACCUUUCCCCCCGCCAGAGUUUGAUCACGGCCUACCACCGCCAAUACACCCUGACUAUCCCCCGAUGGACCCUAGCAUGCCGCCGCCCUCUGUUUAUGAAUAUGGUCAUACUUUUGCGCCCAAGGCCCAGCACUUCGGACACUUACAUCCUUCUCCUCCAGUCAAAAAUCUCCCAGUCUCAGAGGUGGUGAAAGAACGAGAAAAACUGAGGAAGCAGAGGGAUGCAAACAAGAAGAGGGAAGUUGAGCUUGUGAAGGACGUGCACAACUUACGCAAGCAGCAAGCUGUGCUCCUGAAGAAGGAGAAGAAGAGGAAUAAGAAAAAGACUCCUGAAGAGAAGGACAUCCCGAAGGACCCCCACCUGACUGUAUUGACCAUCAAGGUCGAGAUGGCAGAGUCUAAGUUGGCAUCCCUGAGGAAGGAGAUCGAUGCCCUAGCGACCAGGAUGUCCGAGUUGGACGACGUGGGCCUCACCUUGGGCAUCCCUCCCCUGCCCCCACCCCCUCCAUCAGCCUCCCUUCACCUGGAGGACCAACCCCUGCAGAUGGCUAAGGUGGCGCCGGCCAAGAAGAAGAAGAAGAAGGCCAGCACCUCCGCCACUGCAACUGCUGCGGCUACCUGCAGCUCCAUCACCACGUCAGCCACCACGUCAGCCAACACCUCCGCCACCUCAACAACGACCCCCACCACCAUCUUGUCUGCUUCAACCACCUCGGCAACUACCCCAGCCGCCUCGGCUACUUCAACAACCACCCCAACCAUCUCCUCUUCCGACUCCACCGCCAUCGACUCCACCACCAAGGAUUCAGGUGAAUCUGAGACAACCAUUAGUUCGGAGUCAGCUCCGGCAGAGACCCCCCUGGAAGAGCAGACACCCAGCCAGGAGAAAGGGCCAGACAGCCUGCCAGCAUCCUCCCCCCUCGCUGCCACUGCCACCAAGGAUGGUGACCCAUCAAGUAGCAGUUCUUCCAGUCAGCCGGACCCAAUAGCACAGGCACCUGAGAAGAAGACCCCCCUACCCCAGAAUAAAGCUUCCAAACCACUGACAAGGUUCAUGCUUCCAAAGAGGCCCAAAGCUGCUCCAAUGUUCCCUGCCAAACCUCCAGCGGGACGCAAAAUGGGGGUCAUCAUAUCUGUCGGGGAAAAGGACUAUGGUGUCAUUGAACGGGACGACAAAAAGACCUUUCCCUUCCAACUCAGUGCUUUUGUGGGAAUACCUGCUAACCUGGUCCCUGGAGUGAAAGUGCACUUCACUGUCUGCAAGACUGAGGAAAACGAGGAUUGCGCGACUGACGUGAACGUCCCGUCCGGAGGCACGGAGGAGGUGCACAGUGAAGUGUUCCUCGGCGUCGUCACCAAGAGCAUCAAAAAUGCACAGUUGAAAAACAAGAUGAAGCAGCUGAGGCUGGAGGCAUCCAUCUACGGCCAGGCGAUGGAGCUUCCUUUCACCGAGGGCGACUGCGCCGUCACGCUGCUCACCAACGACCUCGUCACCUUCCAGGUGAUCACCAGCAUCGUCACCAAAAGCAUGAGGGCUUCUAACAUCCGGCCACAGGUUCCCGAUACAUUCCAGAUCACCAGCGAAAAACGAGUCAUGGGCGUGAUAACAAGCUUGCAGAAGGGUCUUUGCGCCAUAACAUCAGAGCAGUACGGGGGUCUCUGUCUCUACACGGACAGCAAUGAGAACCUGGGGCAGGAGGAGUGGGCCCUCUCCGACAGGGUCGAGUUCACCAGGACCACCAUACAAGGUAUAGACAUGGCCAUCAGAGUACGGAAGCUUCCAGAGGGUAUGGAGUCAUUUAAUGACAUUGCCCAAACCGAACUGGCUGAGGAAGAAAGUGAUGAGGAAACUUCAGAAGAAGAAGAAGAAGAAGAAGAAAAAGAGGUCGAUGACAAUGUUGUCCAGAGUGAGCCAGAGCCUUUACCGGAGAGUGAGCCUGUCAUCGAGGACGUUGGCACGGAGAGCUAUGACGGAGUGGUGCUUAGGGUUCCUGCGAGGGGGAGGGAUACGGCAAAGACCACGGCUACCGGCCACACGCAGGUUCUUGACCUUGGCAGUGUGAAGGUCACUGUGAAUGACGAGGAGAAAAGGCUGACCUUCAGGGCAGACGAUGUGUUAAUGAAGGCCACCAUGUUAGUGGGGGAUAAAGUUCAGCUGAACAUAUCCACAAACCCAAAGACAAAUGGAGAGAGGGCUGUCAACGUGCAAUUCCGCAAAGGCUCCUUCCGCAUACUCACAGAGCAACGUAAAACAGGUGUUGUGAUUGACCUGGAGGAGUCACACGGAUACAUCAAAUACCCACAAGACCCCAAGCUGUUCUUUGACCUCCGCGAGGUCAUGGAGGAAAAUCCACUCUCCAUCUCCGAUAAGGUGGAGUUCACUGUUAUGCCGAAAACAGCAGGAAUUGGCAAUCAAGCCAUUCGGGUCAAGAAGGUUGUGGACCGAACAUUCCCAGCUAAAUUAGAGAACAUGGUGGCGAGAAAUAAAAUGAAGAAAAAGAUGACCAUCAAAAUCUCAAGCGAGCUCAAAGACCAAAUUCGGAAUGAUGAAGUCAAACCUAAUACUGAUGACUCGGACACUGUAAAGACUGAAGUCUUGCCAGCGCGGGCGAAGCCCAACCCUGUGAGCACCAAGAUCGUGAUGCUCAGAAAGGAGGUGAUCAAGACUGAAGCAGAGGAGGCCAAGCGUUCCAGGACGGAAGACGGGCCCAACACCAACGAAAGCAGCGGCAGCCCCAAGGACGGUUGUCGCAGCCGUAGUCCUACUGAUGCAUCCGCCAGCGGCCCUGGCCCGCGUCACAACAGCGAGAGCCGAGACCAGGACAAGGGUGAUAGGCCAAACAAAAGCCAGAGCCUACAAAGCUCCACUAAAGAGGAGAGAAAGGAAGGGAGUAAGGAGCGGCAAGAGAAGAACAAGAGAAGCCGCAGCAGAAGCAGAGAGCGUUCCUACCGAUACCAACCGCACAUCAGACCGAUGGAGAGAAGCCGAGACAGAGAGAGGGAGUGGGACAGGGACAGAGAAAGAGAAAGGGAGAGGGACAGAGAAAGGGAGAGGGACAGAGAAAGAGAAAGAGAGAGGGAGAGGGAAAGAGACCGAGAUAGGGAUAGGAGCACCUACCAGAGGACAAGUCACAGCCCAGCGCGUUUAGAUAUGAGGUACUGGAAAGGAAACGGCAGUGGCAGUGGGCAGCGUUCACUCAGGAGGCGCAGCAGAAGCAGGAGUCCUACCAGAGACGGCUCAAGCUCCCGGCCGUAUUACAGGGACCAGCCAAGUUCAGAGGCACAUGGAAAGAGCACUUACGGACCACCCAAGCCUCACGUCGUGGACGAGGAACUGGUGAAAAAGCAAAAGGAGCUGGAAGAACUCAAUGAGUUGAUCGCUCGAAGGAGAGCAAUGAUAGGUAUGGAACAGACACCUAAAGCACCUGCUGUGGAGCCUAAGGAACGCCUUGGCUGGGGUUCGGAGCCCCUGGCAUCAGAUGAGGAGGAGACUUUGGAGUGGUUGCCUCAAAACAGUGCAAGGCGUCAAGCUGCCAAACCAAUCAAGUCCAUUCUGAAGAAACCCAAGGAGUCUUUCCCUGGACCGGCCUCUUCACCCCAGACUCAAAGCAUUGAACCUGCCGCCAAACCAUCAGUUUCACAGUACUAUUCUGACCGGACCCACCCAACGGCUGCAGCCUCAGGUCAUCCCCAGGACCUGGCUCCUGGGGGUGCAUCGAGUCAGGAUCACACAGGCCAAACAUUGUCAUACCAGGGAGAAAGGUCUUACCGCGAACCAGACCCCUACAGUCACCGCUCGGUUCCUGGUCAUUCUCAAGGUCAUCACAACCCCUCACCUCCCUCCUCUGGCAAUGGUCAGCGCCCUCCUCCCCAGCAUUUGUUAAGCCCAACGCAGACCUCCCAAUCGCUUCCGGGUCAACAGCAGGCAGCAGAGCCAAAGGGCAGCGGGGCUACCCAGAUGCAGCGCUUCCUCAGCCUGCUCAACAAGGGAGUGGACGUCAACCAGCUCUCCACACUGAUCAAGGAGUCAAUAGGGAAGAGCACCGCCAGUAGUGCAACUACGCCACCAGCCAGGGAAGGGAUGUUCAAAGGUGACCAAUAUGAUCCCUUUAAAGCUGAAGAAGAGCAAGACUUCAAGCGGAGGCGAGAUUCUGGGGAGGGGACAAGCCGGGAUGACCUGCUGCCCCACGAAAGAGCUGUGGAGGACGGCAGUGGCUUUUCCCGAAUUCUUGGCAUGAGUCAUGAGCCACAAGAGAAAGACCAGUUGCUGAGGCAGAGUGUAAAGGAGGAUAAUUUUCUUUAUGGCAGCGCAGAAGCAGAGGGGAAUUCCAACCAGCGUGACCACCGACCUGAACAACAUGAAACAUCAGUGCCAACUGGCCAGUACAAAGAAAACCCAAAGUCAGCCCUGACUAAAGAUGAGCAGAAGCCGUCAACCGCAGGCAAAGAAGAAGAAAAGGAGCAGUACUUUGACAAAGUCCAGAGCCUUCUCAAGGCUAUAGGUUUAAACCUCAACUCCUCCGAGGUCACCCAGCUAACAGACAGGAUGAAAGAGAGGCUUUACGGCACCAAGACCAGAGAAGCCUCAUCGGAGUCCAAACGAAGGGAGCAUUCUACAAGUCGACACCGUAGUCGACCUCACUCGACAGACUCCCGUGAUUCCGUGCAGUCAGCACCGUCGGUCAAGAGAGCUCGUCAGGAAGAGGCCAGGAGCCAGUCAAGCCACUCGAGACAUAGCAGUGAAUAUGAUCCGGAGGACAUCAACAAGGGCAACACUGAGCCUGGAGUGAGCACAGAACAUAGUAGAUACACACCAGAAUCCUCUGUUCAGAAAUACGAUCCCUAUUCGUAUUCACAAGAUUUCACAAAACAUACACCUGAACCUGUUCACCCUGCGCCUAUGUCCAGUGCUCCCCAUGCCUCAUCCGGUUCAUCAUAUCCUCAACCUGCCACAAACCCCAGCUACCCCUACCCUUACCCUUACCCUUACCCCUACCCUGACAACUCUUACUCAACCCCUAACUACCCCCCUCCCUCUUAUUCUUCACCUUAUCCUGUCGCUCAUCCUAGCUACCCUCCAUCCUCAGCAAGAGCCUACAACCCGUUUGUUUAUCCGGCUGGACCCUCGUAUGCACCCGCACCCCAGGUUAUCCCAGCUUCCCCCGCUUCCUAUUCAGGAAGUGCUUACCCCUUGAACCCGGGAGGUAGUGAUCCUUAUACCCCCCUUCAACCCUCAGGGAGCUCCUCAUACACCCUUCAAGAGCCCAAAAAGGUGAACCAGGGUGAUUCGAACUCUGGUCGAUGCCUUACAGUUAUUGAGCCAGUCAGUAGUCUUCCUGAAAAAGCUCAAACCAUAAGCACCUUAGCACAAGUCCAGACAAAACCAGUUUCUGUGCUGACAGAGGAAGACCUAGAAGCAAGACAGAGAGAAAAGCUGGAGCAGUUCAACCGGAGGAUGAAGGAGAAGAACGAGAAGCACAUGGAGGCUAUGAGAAACUCUAGGAGGACCGCAAGGAAACACCAGGAGCCUCCGGCAACUGUUGCCGUCACAGAGAUGAAGAAUGUGUGGAUCUUCGGUCACUCUCUUGUGGACUGGGCCGAGAAAAGGGCCAAGUCUCCAGAGUUUGGCAUGCAGCUGGGCAUGGAUCCCAACAGCGUGCGGGUUUGGUGGAAGGGGGUGCAGGGCAUGACGUGGGACCAGCUUGUGCCCCAGCUGCACCAGCUCAAACUGAACUGGCCCAAUCCAGACCUGCUACUCAUCCACCUGGGAGACAACGACAUCAACAAGAGCACCUCAGAAGAACUGCUGAGCUCCAUCAAGAAGGACCUGACCUCCAUACGCAACAUCUUCCCCCAGUGCCUGAUUGUGUGGUCCGACAUCUUGCCAAUCCACUUUAGGAAACAUGGCUCCGAAGGCCUGCCGGCAGUAGACAGAAUUCAUGACGUGAUCAAUCACAGAGUACAUGCUAUGGUUGCUGAACUGGGGGGAACAGCGGUCACCCAUGAGAACAUUGAGCCUGAACUCUUUCACCUUGGUGGUAUCCACCUCUCAAACUUUAUCAUUGAAAGGUUCUACCUGAACAUCCAACACUUUGUGGAUCAGUGGGAGAAGGAGGUCAACCGUGCAUCCUUGUCCACUUCUCCUGAUGUUUCAUUAAGCUUAUCUCCUACGGAUUCAUCCUCUUCGUACUCUGGAACUCUCAGACGGGCAGAGAAAGGUGGUCUUUUUAAGAAUCCUGCAGGUGAUGAUUCAGGAAACACCAGCGUCUCCCUCCACAGACGGGCAAAGAGAGGUGGUCUUCCUAAGAAUCCUGCACGUGAUGAUUCAGGAAACACCAGCGUCUCCCUCCACAGACGGACAAAGAGAGGUGGUCUUCCUAAGAAUCCUGCAGGUGAUGAUUCAGGAAACACCAGCGUCUCCCUCCACAGACGGACAAAGAGAGGUGGUCUUCCUAAGAAUCCUGCAGGUGAUGACUGGGGAAACACCAGCGUCUCCCUCCAACAGUCCCAGAAGCAGCGGGUCAGAGAAUGGAUGAAGAAACAUGGGAACACUGGGCCCGUCAAAGAUGAUGGAAAGAAAUCCAGGGACAAGAGACACAUCACUUCAAGCAAACUAAAGUCAACUCUGAAGAGAAAGAAACUAUGAAAUUGACUGCAAGCUUGCACAAUGUACAGGUCACAGCUGUGGAGGAGAAAAAUACAGUGAGAAGAUAAUGGUUUUGGAUUGUUCAGAAUUGCUGCUGUUUUUUUGCCUGUGUAGGAAUUUGCUGUAUGAAUGCGUUUGUGUGUGUUUGCAUUUGACUGGGAUUUGUAAGACUGAUUGGUAGAUUGAUCCGAGCGUUCCUAACUGAAUCUUUCAGUUAAUUUAUACUUUGUUACAAACAAAAUCAAUUGCCUAAAAGUGUAAAUAUUUUGUUUUUCUUUCUGUGUAGUAAGCUGUUAUGUCUAUAAUCUUUAUGCACUAUUUUACAUUUCCACAAAUGCAACCUCCCUCAGUUUUUCCUGUCAUCUUAAUGAAUAAUAUGCAUUUGUUCAAAUAAAUAAUUCAAAUAAAUAAGCUUUACAGGG